AGGCAUUGAUCCAAACAAGUCAACCAUGACUGACGUUUAUAGGAAAUUUGGUCUAGAUGGAAACACAGAGGACUUCACUGGACAUGCUUUGGCUUUGUACAGAGAUGAUGAGUAUGUAUCAUGAAAACAGGCUGCUUUCCAAAGCUGGCCAUAGAAUAAUUGAAGGGCACAAAGUUGCAGACACUUCAAAAUUGAAAUUUUUGAAACCCAUAUAAAGCGAAUCAGGGCAGUUUGGUACACUGUUGAUAUUGUUUAUUCUGUGUGCACAUGGUUUUCUGAGUUGGAUGGCCUGAUGAAAGUGAUUAAACUGAAGUGUAUUUUUAGCCUAGAUGAGCUGAUUAAUUGGUUAAGCCAAUUAUUGGCCAAUAAUUGGCAAAUUUUUAAUAAUUCGUAAUCGGUCAAUUUUUUCUGCGUAAUCAACCACUUGCCAAUUAUUGACCAGCCUCUUUUUCUAUCAAAAAUAAAUGAAAAUCUGCAUAGUAUUCAUUGUGUAUUUCGCGGAUGUUUAAUUAACACAUUACUAAAAAUACAUACAAAUGAGAUCUUGCAUUUAGCUCACCUCCUAUCUCAGAAAUGCAAUUAUUAAGUCAGAAAAUUAGCACUUACUGUAUGUGUGUGACCCACAUUAUUCAAGCAUCGAAUUAGACUUCAUUUUGGAUAUCUUUCAAAAAUUUUAAGGAAAUGUGGAUUAUAACAUAUUCCCUUGGGUGUGACAGAUGUCCGAUCAACUGUGCAGUUGCUAGGACAUUGACUAGUAGGCUAAUGAUCGGCCAGAUUUUUAUAUUUGCACUCAACUUGACUUCAGUUUCGGUGAGCAGUCCCAAAGAUUAGUGCAACUGAAACGUUCUAUAGAACCUAUAGGUUCCAUGGGUAUUAUUUUGUAAUUUUGUGCAUGUCUGCUACCGUAUUCGUGUGAUGUGAUUUUAUUGCUUGUCACAGCGUUUAACUGAUGUCACAUACACGAAAACGAGGCUCUAUAGCCAAAGUGACGUACUUUCCGGAAGGGUGUAUUCAGGGCUGCAAAUUACUGUCGGACAUAGGACAAUGUCCGACUAAAUUUGGCAAAUGUCCGAGCAAAAGUAAUUUUGAUCGGACAUUGGUCCGAUCACAAAAAAAAAUUGUCACAUACAUUUUUUUGCUGUGACAAAAUCCGAUUGCAAAUUUGCAUUUUGCAAUAAGGCAUUCUAGCAUUUUACUUAACGUUGCCCCGGAAUGGCUAUACAUACUUGUCUCGUGACUUAUAUAUAUCUUGUGAUAUAUAUAUAUGUCCGACCAAAUUUAGUGAUAUUGGUUUUUGCCCGACCAAAUUCAAGUUAUGUCCGACCAAAAUUAAAAGUGAUAGGACAAAUGUCCUGUCAAGUCAAAUAUUUAUUUGCAGCCCUGGUGUAUUGGCCAUGUAGUGUUUUUGUUUGGCAAAUAGCCGAUUGCCAACCAUUAUUAAAAUCACACUGCUAAGAUAAAGAGAAAAACUUGCUUGACCACCUGUUUUUAAAACUUACUUGACCACUUGUUUAAGUUCAAACUUUUUUCUAGGUAUAAAUCUCAGCCGUGUAAAGAAGCUUUAUUGAAGAUCAACCUGUACAGGUAUUAAUUGCCAUUAAUUUUGUACAAUCAUUAAUAUUUUCUGUAUUAUAAUAAACAAGACGCCUGCUCAGGCAUUCACGCUGGCCUGAAAAUGGCAACUUUCGCGGAGGGUGUAAUGUGUAGUAGAGAAGUAGAUAGGGAUACAGGGGUCUGGACCAUAUAAAUACAACCAAUAAAUACAAUCAUGAUUAGAAACUAUCAACCAUAAUAUAGCAAGACGCCGGCUCAGGCGUACCCUCUGCCGCUCUGGCUACGAGCAAUUCAACCUGACAAGCCAGGCCCACUGUCACUAUGAUCAUCAACUAUCAACCGUAAAUAAUGAUGCGUCAAUAAUAGCGAAUAAAUUCUAUAGUCCUUGAUUUUUAAUGCCAUUAUAUGGCUCGUUUCAGGUGCUAAAAAGUUUAUAGACAUAGACGAUUAUUCUAAAAAAUACGCCAAUUUGCUUCCAGUUAUAAGAUAAACUGAUCCCAAGCCCUUCUCUAACCCCAACCAGUAAACAUCUAAUAAACAAUAUGAGAUUUAAAAAGGGGGGGGGAGUUGGAUCUUGUUCCAAAAACAAAUCGAACCGUACUACGUUUCACUUCCCCGCACGCAACGCCACCUCGCUGAAACUACGUUUCACUUCCCCGCACGCAACGCCACCUCGCUGAAAACAAUCGAAAAAUACAUUCAUUUUUAUAGUAUUAAAUAUAUGAUGAAAUGGAAAGUAAUUUGGUGCGAAUUAAUGUAAUUGGGUGCAAAUAUAUAAUUAUUGCAAAUGAACACAAGUGCGCCACGCUUGUUUUAAUAUGAGUCUACAACGUAUAUUUAUACUUGUUAAUUAAAAAGUCAAACUGUCAAACCUUUAACUUGUCCUUGUUUAAUAUAUUUCCGUAUAUUGUAUAAAUUCAUUGGGUCCAAAUUUUGGGGUUUUCGAGUCGUUACACAAAGAAAACACAUUAAUUCAACACGCCAGAGGGUCCAGAAUGCGACACAACGUAUUUUUCAUAGGAAACCGGCACAAUUCUUUGAAAAUUCAACGAAACUGUGUGAAAUAUAUAUUAGAUCGCUCAGUGAAAAGCCGCCAUUUUGAAACUGAACUGAAUAUGUCACUGGAGCUCUCUAUUCUUGGAGUUCGGAAUUGUGCGCGUGCGUACAAGUCUAUGGGCUAAUAAAAUCGAAAAAUUAAUGUACCACAAGCAUGGCAUGUGCCGGCUAUUACGUACAUAAAUACGAGCUUGUUACUGUAGUAUAUAAAUCAUGGAACCGAGAAAUCGACGCCAUUUUGGCUUAAUCGUUGCAGCCUGAGCCUGCGAUGAGCUAACGCAAACUCGAUUUCUCGACUACGAAAAAAAACUUGAAAAAACAGAAAGAGGGAUUUAAGACACUUGGCCUACAGGCCAGUGUAAAAAUCGUUGUAAACGCAAAAAAGGAAGUCGAUUAAAUCAGUACAUUGGUAGAAAACCAAACAGUUGUCUUCAAGCAAAACUUAAAUUUGAACACUAGUUGACUUUAAAUAUUGGGAUGCCAACAUGGCAUAACAUUGAAAACUUGUAAACAAUAGCCUUGCAAUAAUGAUGUUACACGAACAUCUUAGACUCAACCAAAAGUUAAUACAAAGUUGCAAAAAAACCAACUCUAACAUCAUAAAAGAAAUAAAUGUUACUCUUGACUAGGCAGGUUGAGGAACCUCGUACCCAAGCUUUUUCCCCUACGCACCUUAAGGGGGUCUUCCACCCUAAAAACAUUUUUUCAAAUUAAAGGUUUUAUCAUCAUAUUUGAGUCAAAUAUGAUAGAAUAUCCUCAGCUGACACAGGAUCAGUAACUUUUACAUUCGUCGUUGCCAUAGUAACUAAGAUAGGCCUCGCUAUAGGGUAAAAUAUAGGGUUUGCUCCAAAAAUGAUGGGAGCCAAACUAAUUUACCGAGGAUUUUAGAAACAGCUUUAAUGGACACUUAAUACAUCGAUCUAUGUCAUGAACCUAAAAAAAUAUACAAGUAAUAUAAUAAGGCCUUCAUAUUUUACUUUUUUAAAGAUAUAUGAAGAAAGGAGUUCUUAUAAGGCUACUCUUGCAAUGUAUAUUGCUGAUAUAUGAAGUUUUUUAGGUCCAUGACAUGGCUAUGUAACUAGCAAAUAAACUCUGAAAAUUUCGAACGAAUUGAUUCAGUAUGAACAGUAGGAGAGUUUUUAGUAUUUCGCAAAAUGCUCAUGUGAGAAAAGCGAUUUUAAAGUUUUUGAUAUAUUAGAAUAACUUAGAUAGAACAAUAUAAUUGAAAAUGGAACAAUAGACUAAACCAAUCGCAUAUCUUUAUCGCUCCGGGUAAAAUCGUGGUUGUACCCUACAAAGGUGUAGAAUUUGCUGGAUUUCUCUGGUUUACGGUACAUUUUCGUUCUUAAAAUUACACGGAUUUUAUAAAGAACGCUAUAAAGACUUACUUUACGUUUUUCUAAAAAAUAACAAAUAUUGGAAAAUUUGGGUGGAAGACCACCUUAAGCGAGAAUCGUCGAGGAACGAGCCUGGGGUACGAGGUUGAGUUUGGCAGGAUGAUGAUGUUGUGCUUGUUGUUAUGUAGUACAACAUUUCCUAACGCUGGCUAUAGCAGCUUUAUUGUCUAAAGAAUCUUCGUUCUAUGGUAUGGUAGCUCAAUUAGUCUGGUCCUCAAUUAGCCUUUCUCACGAUGACGAAUAUCCGCCAUUUUUGGGUAGCAUCUAAUUUUCGUUAACCAAUGCAGACAAUUAAAACAAUGUGAAAAGCAAUUUUUCAAAAUAAACUAACCAUAUACAGAGCAAAUUUGCCAUCAUUUGUCCAAAAAUUAUAAAAAGUCGCUGUUAUGUGGACUUAUCUCUCUUAUCUCAGACAAUUUAUCGGAUGAGCUACAUGCAUCUUUUGAUCUUUUCUGUGCUGAAGUUUAUCCAGUCACUUUUCAACAACUUAAAACAAUUUAAUAUUUCAACAUAUCCCUAUUACAAAUAUUUUAGCAACUCGUUGGCUCGUUACGGCAAGUCUCCCUACCUCUACCCACUGUAUGGCCUUGGAGAGCUCCCACAAGGCUUUGCGCGCCUCAGCGCAAUCUACGGAGGAACAUACAUGUUGGACAAAGCUAUCGAGGGUUAUACGUAUGAUGAGAAUGGCGCCAUCAAUGGUGUGACAUCGGAAGGGGAAACUGUCAAGACGAAAUGUGUUAUUGCUGAUCCAACUUAUUUCCCAGACAAAGUGAAAAAAGUGGGCAAGGUAGGAUUUGUGCUUUUAGUAAAGUUUUAGCUAUCUUUGCUUAGACUAUGUAUUAUGUAGUUUAGUUCUCGAUAUGAGCAAAAUUACAACGUUAACGGUGCGAUACGUUCUGUGCAUCCUUAUGGUUCUACAUUGUACAUCCUUAUUGUUUUACUUUACUCUGGUGAAUACUCAUGAAUACUUAUGAAGUUCAUUAUUUGGGGUACUAAAAUAUUAAUUGUACAUUUUCGUACAUAAUAAUAUUUAAAAUACUCAUUAAUAAUGCAUAAAGCUUGUGGCAAAUCAUGUCAACCGUAAUAUGUCACGUGGAGUGACUUUAUAUCUGAUAAAAUACAUGUGGCAUUAUAUAAGUGUUCAUCCCAAUUAGCAUGAUUAUAUAAUGGUUCAUCCUAAUUAGUAUUCUUUUGUAGUCGUAUUUUAAGCUAUUCAAAACACUCGUUGUCGUGUUUUAUCAGAUAUAAAAUGCUCGGCUGCGCCUCGCGAUUUAUAUCUGAUAAAACACUCCUACUCGUGUUUUAAAUAGUACUUAAUAUAAAUUAGUGUUUUUGCACAAGUGAACAUAACAAAUCCUACAAGUUGAUUGGUCAAAUUUGACGUAUCAAGCUGUUAUAUUCACCUACAGGUGAAUAUAACAAAACAAGAUGGUGGCUAGCCGAAAGUUACUGAUAAAGAAAUAAGCGAAAUUAAAAUGAAUUCAGUCCCCAAAAACACAAAAGACAUGUGUAAAAAUACUAAAACAAUUAUUCACCUCAGGCUCGGUGAUUAUCGGGGAAUAUUCACCUCGACUUCGUCUCGGCGAAUAUUCGCCGAUAAUCACCUCGCCUUAGGCGAAUAAUUGUUAAAUAUUUAAUAUUUCUAUUGAGCAAAUUAACAUGUUAUUAUACAUUCAGUAACCUGAAACUUUGAGUUAGACGAAGGAGCUAACAGAAACACAAAUAGUCCCAUCCUAUCUGUCCACAUGAUUGGACAAUAGUUAUUCACACAGAAAGUUUUGUAAAGAUCUUGUGCGAAGUUUAGUAAAAACAACUGUUGUUCUUCGGAAACGAAUAAUUGGAUGUUGUAUUUUUAUCUAGGUUGCUCGUUGUAUCUGUAUACUGACACAUCCCAUACGAGACACAUCAAAUUCUUCAUCAUGUCAAAUCAUCAUCCCGCAAAACCAAGUUGGACGAAAAUCAGGUAGAGUAAAAAACAGUUUAUGUUUUGGUAUUACUGAUUGAAAAUGAGAUAGUCAUAUAUAAUAUAACAAUUGUGCUACAAUGUGACGCCAUAGGUUUAAAUAGGUAAUAUGUAUGGUUGUAGAUCUGUGCGGUUCCAAAAAUUUGAUCUCGGUUCCGGGUUUUUUGGAACAGAAAAACGUUUGGUUCGGUUUCGGUUAUUUUCAAAAAAGAUGAACAGUACAUAUGUAUGAACUCUUUUAUGUAUGUUUCGAGCAUUUUUACGAGAUGAAUUUAUGCCUUUGUAAGUUUGUAUAAAUCUCUGAAUAUUUUAAAAGAACGAUCUAAUGGAUUGUGUAAAAUAGUAUCCCAGUUAUGUGACAUGUAAUUUGUUGUUCUGUUAGAUCGCUUAGAGUUAGAUGUAUUUAUGUUUAUAUUUAUUUAUUGUAGUUAGUUUCACGUUCACGGCCACAUCAGCUAUGCUGUAAUUUACCAUCGUGUUUAAAUAGAUGCUUUUAUAAUUAUUAUUAUUAUCAUUAUUAUCAUUAUUAUUAUUAGUACUAGUACUAUAUAAACCAACCUCCCUGCCAUUUUAAUUUCCCAUCAUUACCGAUGGACUGAUUUCUCUCUAAUCAUUGGAUAAAAUAGACACACGUAGGAACGCACAAGUUGUUACAAAUCUGCAAAUUGCAGGGUUCGUACAAAACUUGAAAAUCCUUGAAAGUCCUUGAAUUUGGAAACAAGAAUUCCUUGAAAGUCCUUGAGUUUUAUAAAGAAGUGCAUGAAAGUCCUUAAUUGUUCUUGCUUUAGUGGAUAUUUUCUGAAAUUGUUUGACAGUAAGAUUAUUGGACCUUUUUGAAUCGAGUUUGUUCAUGCAUGUUUCUUACGAAGUCUAAAGCUGUUUGAAAUUAAGUUGCCGUUUGAACAGUUUAACGUCAUUUUUUACUGAUUUCUAACGCCUUCUUUUCAGUCCUUUAGUCCUUGAAUUUCCUAACAUAUGGCCUUGAAAAGUCCUUGCAUUUAACUCUUCCUGAUCUGUACGAACCCUUAUUAUAAUUUUUGUCAAGCCGACAUCAUGAUGUGAUCGCACUACUUCUUCCCAGUCGUUGUGACAAGUCUGGAACAAGUUGUUAUUACCUUGUUACAAGAUUUAUGACGGUAACAAACUUGCUACAAGUUGUUCCAACAAGACUAAUACAGGCUGUUCGUAACAGGUUGCUACGAGCUUGCUGUCAUCAACUUGUUGACAACUUAGUCCGUGCAGACGAUAUUAGACUUGUUGGAACAAGUCUGAUGUUUCAAUAUGAUAAACUUUCUUCAGACUUGCCAACAACUGGGAACAAGCAGUGCGAGCACAGGUUGUUGAACACAGCUUGUUGACAAAGUGUUGUUGAACACAGCUUGUAUCAGAACAUGUGCCGUUAUGACUAUAGAUAUAAGUUUGAACAAUGACAGUCGAUAAACAAUUAUCUUAGCCGAACAUAAGCUGCAGGAAAUGUAAUGGAGAACAUCAUUUGCAUGCUCUAACCUGGAAUUUUUACUCUAUUGAUACCUCAUUCGUUUGGAUAUUCUCUCAUUAAAAAUUAGAUCACAGAAGUUAGAUCUCCAUUCCACCACAGCCUUCUCCAUUCAAACUUUGUACAAAUCACUCAUCAGAAUUCAGAAUGUGAAUAUCAUAUAUCAGAAUUCCAAGACACUAAUGGGGUUGUGGCGGGGGAGGGGCGGGGAGGAGUGGGCAACCGCCGCCCCCCAUCAAUAAUGUUUGAAGGCCUUUGAAUGGUAGUUGAAUGACUGUUUAACAAAGCUGUAACGUUAACGUAACUUUGUUACCAUGAAAACAUUGAUAGGCUAAUAAUUAAGCUAUCUAUUGCAUGAAAUUUAACUUCAAAGAAAUAAGAUUAUAAAAUAACAUGUAUAUAACGCGUAUUCUGAUUGGUCGAAAGCCGUGUUUGGAUCAGGCCAUCCAAACACGGAAGACUACCGUGUUGUUGUUAUUUUAUAAAACAAUUACUUUAUGGUUUCCGUGUUUGGAUGGACUGAUCCAAACACUUGGGAAUGUUGCUCGAGUUAAGAAAAGCGGGCAAAAUCACUCGCCUUCGGCUCGUGUUUCGCUCGCUUUUCUUAACUCUCGCAACAUUCCCGCGUGUUUGGAUCAGGCCAUCCAAACACGGAAACCAUAAAGUAAUUGUAUAUUCCCAGCUACAAAAGGUGGCCAUAUGUUGGCAACAUAAUUCGCUCCUAAUAUUUUGCGAAGUGUCCGCCACUGAGGGGGAACAACUCCCAACUCUCACACUACAUUCCUAGAGGGAUUUCGUCGCCUGUAUGGUCUAAAUCCGUCGCUUAUAGAGCAUGCUGAUUGUUAGAUACAUUAGACGUAUGAGAACCUGGGCACUAGUUUACUUUAUGUUCUUUUAUCAUAGAUAGGAGUCUGUCCAUUUCAUGCGUGCAUUCAGUGUCAUUGCUUUAUUUUAUCUGAGACUAAUAUAAUAUAAGUUCGCAAUACGGCAUGAUAAAAGAACAUAAAGUAAACUAGUGCCCAGGUUCUUAUACGUCUAACAUGUAUCUAACAAUCAGCAUGCUCUAGCUUGCUGAAUAGAGCGUUUGCACAUGACGUCAUAGCCGCCAUGUUGGUGUUCCAAUUCAAAAGAUUUUAAUUUGACUCUUUUGUCUGGAACACCAACAUGACCGCCAUGGCUUUUGUUGAGUUGGUCCCUGGGAAAUGAGUGCAAACGCUCUAUAGUACAAAACUACACCUACCAAUGUCGAUAUGAAUAUAAGAGACGAGUGCUUUAAAUCUGAUAAAGCACGACUGCUUAAAAUGACUGCAAAAACUCAUUAAUAAUUCAGGAGGAAAACACAAAGAAAAAUCAUAAGCGUGUCGUGGUUUUAUAUGUGAUAAAAAAUCACGUUAAUUUACAUAAACUUUAGCUUCGAUUUUCUCGGUUUAGACAAAGUUUAUUUUAGAAAUUACGUCGCCAAUGAACUCGUAUUAGAUGAGUCGUUUUUGAAGCUAUUUAAAGCACUUGUAGUCGUGUUUUAUCACAUAUAAAAUACUCCGCUACGCGUCGUGUUUUAUAUGUGAUAAAACACUCCUACGCGUGCUUUAAAUAGUACUUAAAAUCCGACCCAUUUGAUGAGUUCAUUGGCGAAGUAAUUUUAAAAAUAAACGUUGUCUGAGCCGAGAAAAUCAAAGCUAAAGUUUCUGUAAAUUAACGUGAUUUAUUUAUCACAUAUAAAACCACCGACACGGUAGUGAUUUCCUUUGUAUUUUCCUCAUGAAUUAUUAAUUAGGCUUUGAAGUACUAUUUAAAACAUGAGCAGCAGUGUUUUAUGAAAUACAAAGAUACGAGGCGAAGCCGAGUAUCUGUAGGUCGGAUAAAACACGUACUGCGAAUGUUUUAAAUUGCUUAAAAAACAAUCGAUCUAGUAAAUUUUCAAAAGAUAUGUUGUGUAAGUCGAGAAUAUCAAAGUUAAAGUUUGUAAAUCAAGGGAAAUCUCUAUCACAUAUAAAAUACGACACGCUUAUGAUUUUUCUUUGUGUUUUACUCAUGAAUUAUUAAUGAGUUUUUGAAGUACUAUUAUUAGACCUUAACCAGGAAUAGCUACGAAAAAUGAACACUUUCAUCUUUCUAGAUAUCUAUGUUUGCUGUGUGUCUAGCUCUCAUCAUGUAUGUCCUAGUAACUUUUACGUUGCCAUGGUGAGCACGACUGUCGAGACAGACAAUCCCGAAGCUGAACUGAAACCAGGCUUGGAUAUUCUUGGUACCAUCGAAGAAAAGUAUGUGCCCUUUCCAUAUAGUAAUAUCACUAAUAUGACCAGAAAAUUUUGCUUUUUCCUGUUUUCCUUUUUUAUAUUUAUAUCCUUAUUUUAAUAUAUUCCUUUUUUAUAGGUUCUUGUCCGUUGAUGAUGUUUUUGAGCCAACAGAUGAUGGGGCUACCAGCAAGGUUUGUUACUUAGUAAUUUUAUCGAGCAUUCUACAGUGAGGGGCCGGUCAUUAUUUAUGGUGGGGGUGGAAUUUUGCUGAUCCAACCAUUAAAAAAAAAAAAAUUACCCAACCUUAAAUAUCAAUUAAAAAAUAAAUACCCUGGCCAAAAACUUGGAAGGUACUAAACGAUACCAUUCAGUUGUCACACAUGUCCUUUACCACUUCUGUGACACGAGUCUGAUAACUGCCUACUGCGCAAUUUUCCGCAGUCUAAAGUUUCAUGUUGUCUGCACAUGUACUUUCUUUGGCCUGACCAAUCGGAAAAUGAUCAAGAUAGUGACUCUGAUUGAUAUACAUAUUGUAUUGACAUAUGAAUGCUAACAUUGCUUUUUAGUCUUCAAUAUUUGAGUCGUGCUUUGGAAAUGACAAUAAAUUUUUGAACACAAAUUACCCAAUCACGUUUAGUUUAAGGACUAGCAGGGCUUUCAGCAUAAGCCGCCAGCGGGUGGCACGAGGUUUUCCAGCGGUUACUUUGUUUAGUACUUGAAAUAUCAAUUCCCCUUUUUUUCCUCUACUCGCCUGGUCUAUUUUAUAGCGUGGUUAAUUUCGAAAACCACGUCCUAUUUCAUUUAACUGAUUCAGUUAUUUGCCAUCUUAAAUCUUCAAGUUAUCUUGUUGAAAAAUGAGGGUAGAGAUACAUUAUGUACUAGUUAAAGCAUAAGCAGUUGAUCUUUAUCUGAUAUACAAACUCGAGCCGAAGACGAGAGUUUGUAUAUCAGACAAAGAUCGGAUGCGAAUGUUUUAACGUACCGGUACUUAAAAAACGACCCAUCUUAUGAAUUCAUUGGCGAAGUAAUUUUAAAAAUAAACAUUAUCUAAGCCGAGAAAAUCAAAGCUGAAGUUUAUGUAAAUCAGGACAAAUCUUUAUCCGAUUUACAAACAUUGAUUAAACAUUCAUUUCUUUUGAAUUUUCUUAGGGCUCAAAGUAGAGAAAAAAUAUGGCCUGCUAGUCUAAAUUUUUUUGGCAGGUGAAAUAAAUUUUAGCCUGCCAUUUUUAUUCGUUGAACUGCCAAAAUGGCGAUUUCUCAUAGGGGUCAUAUUGUAUAGGAUGUGCAUUUUAUUACUUUUAAACUUGUCUAUUUCACUACAGUAAACUUGAAAUUACUUUUCAAAUAUAAACGUAUUUAGUCACCUGAAGAGCUCAGUUGUGUUGCUAUCUAAUCAAUAUACUUUAUCAACACAGCCACCUACUAUUCUGAAAGUAUAUAACAAUGAUUAUUUAUUGCUAAAAAGUCGUGCGAUCGAAACAUGUGCAUCCGUACAGCAGACGUGAUUGCCUCUCUCUAACCAAUUUUAGGUGUUCCUGACGAAUUCUUACGACGCGACAACUCACUUUGAAACGACCUGUCAAGAUAUCUUGGCCUUGUACAAGCGAUGCACUGGCGAAGAUAUAGAUUUUUCACAAGUACAGAAAGAUUUGGAGAGUGUCGAACAAUGAGUAUGCUUUUACCACCUGACUGCCCUGUAAUUGUCACGUGAAAAUCACGUUGCCUCCAUCUAUUUGUCAUGUGUUUGUCACUUGAUCGCUAUAUGUUUGCGCAUGUUUGCUACAGAUGUUUAUCAUUUGACCGUGAUUUGUCACGUGAUCUCCGUUUAUUUUCCAUGUGUAUGUUUGCACAUUCUUGCAUUUUGCACAUGGUUUACAUCGUAAUAACACGUGAUACUUUACCACAUAACCAUGCAGCGCAACUGAUUUUCACGUGAACAUAAGUGUCAUAUCGAAAUUUGGGAAAUUACUAUGUAACUGGAUAGAUUUGGUUAAAUGCGACUUUAAAAUCACAGAUUAGGUUAGCAAAGUAGAAUUCUUUAAUUAAAAAAUGCAAUUGAAUAAAUGUUAUAAAAACAUUCAAAUGUUGCAGAGCUAUAUUUAGCAACGAACCAUAGCUCUUUAACUCGAAAAUGGGUGUACAGUAACAGGGCUGCCGAGAGAAUUCGCGGGGCCCGGGGCAAAUCUCCGGGGGCCCCAUGACAUCGUUAUUUUUAAGCUAGACCCAAGUCAGUCAGCCACUGUAAUGGGUCCUCAAUUUCAAGAAUGUUCUGACCAAUUUAAAGAACCUACUCAAUUUCUGGCUUUCGCUCUUAAAUUAUUUAGGUGGGGUUCCGGGGCAAUUUGCCUCCACCCCUCUUGGCGGCCCCGUACAGUACACCUACCUCAGCACAGGUCCCAAUUUGCGAAGGGCGCACUUAAUUUUUCGAAGUUAUGGUUGGUGCCAAAUGUAAUGGAAAAUGCAAUAUUAUAUAUAUAUAUUCUAUAUUGCCAUAAUACUAUUAUACUUGACAUUACUAUACAUCUAUGUUAAAUGGGCAAUUCUAGCUAUAGACUAGAGGUAAGAAGAACAAAAUCCAAGUUUUUUUUCAAAAAGUGGCCAGAGUAAAGACGUUAACUUUUGCGGUUGGAGCUUGACAACUGGACUCUGUAACUCACAGUUGGUUAGAAGCGCUGCACCGGAAUCCCCAGGUUAUAGUUAUACUUGCAUUUUUCGUAUAAAAUUAAUUACACUCGCAAAACCCCAACUGUUAGCCACUAAAGCCUUUAAGUGAAUAUCUGUAAAGUUCUGCCAAAAUGAAGAGAUUUUAAAUGUUACGCCAAAGAGAAAAUGAUGUCUGAGAAUGAAUUUUGAGAGAAACCCCAAAAAGAAUUUAGGUUUUUGAACACAUUCCAUUGGAAAUAUUCGAGGAUACAGCCAAUGGAAGGAGGCCCCCAAAUAAAAAGUUAUUAACCUGGUUAUCGUUCCAUGUUUCACGCACCAAUAUAAGUUAAGCCCCGUUUACACGAGCAAAUUUUAUUUGACAAAUUUCAUAUGACAAAUGCAUUUGAUCAAAAGCUAGCAUGCUAGCUUUUGUUCAAAUGCAUUUGUCACAAUAAAUUUGUCACAAAUGCAUCAUCCACACGAGCAAAAUGUCUUUGACAUAUGAAAUUUAUCAAAUAAAAUUUGCUCAUGUAAAUGGGGCUUUAGGGUUAGGUAUUAGGGGUUAGGGUUAGGUUUAAGGUUAGGGAUAUGGUUAGAGUGUGUAUAUAUGUAUAUGGAGGUAUCCUGUUAACUUUUCAGUACACUGUAAUAUCCAUUACAUAACGUUUACUAUAUUGGUGCGCGAAACAUGGAACGAUUACCAUUAAUCUCAAAUUAAUACUAUCCUAACCUGCGUAGUAGUCGCUUUAUUUUCAGAACAAUCGGAAAAGAGUUCAUAUUAAGGCACGUUUUCAAGCCUGCUAUUUCAAAUGCGAUUUUCUUCUUGUGAUGGAUGUGAAUGAGUGGAUGAGUUAAGAAUGUUCAGAUGAGAGAACAUGUACUCAGAACAUUCGUAACUCGUCUGCUCGUUCACAUGCGUCAGAAGAAAAAAAUCGCACUAGACAUCGCAGCAAAAAUUGCAAGUGUACACCGGCCUUUAGCAGUGAGCUCUAUAUAUAUAUAUAUCUGGAGUAAGAACUUCAGUCAUUCGGUCAAUGAGAAAAAUGAAGCCAAGUCAUACCAUUUUCCCAAGCUAAUUCCAGUCAAUUCCAAGCUAAUUCCACUAAUCAAGUUUUCAGUUCAUAAAAUCACAAUAUUAUUCCUUAAAUCGAAGUCAAAAUAGGAAAUUUCAACACACUCCUUGCCAAGAUGGCAGAAAUUGAACGAGCUAUUGGACGUCAGCUCCAGUCCCUUUCUAUUGUUUUUGUAUGCGCGGUUAACACGAAACUGGCUUCACUUUGAGCAACCAAGUUCCUACUCCAGUUAUAUAUGGAGCUCAAUGGCCUUUAGACAUGGGCCUUCACACCAUUCUUUGCGACGGCAUUGUAAAGAAAAUUCAAAAUGACUAAGAUAAUUUGCCAAACUACCUUAGCCUGUUUCUUUCUCGAGAUAUUGAACAAUGCUUGAUAUGCAAAUAUUCCUCACUAUGACAAAUUACACAAUUUAUGGCUUUCCGAAAAAAACUAUUUUAACUCUUUUAAAUAUACUGGCUCUGAAGUUUUUUUGGGAAACGUCUAUUGAGCACCAUCUGCUGCAGGACAGCCCGCGGCGGCAAUUUUCCGUUUCGUAAACCGCCAGGGUCACAAGUAACAAUUGCAAUCAGUGUCCCCCUUUCAGUGCGCGUCAAAUCCGGUAAAUACGAAAUGAGAUGUCCCACACGAACUCAACAGACACAAACAAAACGAAGUCACUCUAUAAUAUCGCGAUGAACGCAAUAAGUUUCAAUUAGAAUGAACAUAAAAGCAUGCCAUACUAACAUAUAUUUUAUAUCUGAUUACAUCUCACUCGUAAAGACGUUGUUAAUUAUCCGCUGGGACAGGGGCAAAGCGAAAAACUUUCACAAAAUAGAUGUAUUUAUAUCGACGCCUGCUUUGAAAGGCUUUAUGCGAGGUGAUAAAGAAGCUCUGUAAGUAAAGGCAAUGGAAAGGUUGUUGGAAAACUGCGAAUACUCGGUUAACAAUUUCUACGCGACAUAGUUAGUCAGUGCCAUAGUCAGGACCUAUUAGCCAAAAGUUUAGGUAAAUGGAUUUCAAAAUUUCAAGAUGUCAAAAAAUGCUAACUUGGAAGCGAAAGUUGAAAAUAAACUUAGCAAAUACUCGAUACUAAAUUACUACCAAUGCGUGUUUCAUAGUCACAGGACGUGACGCACGCUGAAAGUGGUGACACUGAUUGUUAAGCUUCGGAUACACGAGCAAUAUUUUUGCUGCGAUGGUUACGCAAUGGGUGAUAACAGCAUUGCGUUGCCAUCGCACAAGGUGGCUACACCUGCAAUAUUUCACCUGCAAUAUAUGUCUUCAUAACGCUUUUCAUUGGCUGGUCAAGAAACGUGUCAUUCAUCAACCUUGACCUUCCUUGACCACACUUCCCAAUUUUCGGCAAUCAUUGCCGAAAAUCAAAUGAUUUGAAAUUUCGGCAACGAUUGCGCGCAGCUUUGCGUUGCCGUCGCAGAGCAUGAUACACAAGCAAUUUCUUUCUCGCGACGGCAAUGCAACGAUUUUACCACCAUUGCAUUGCCAUCGCCAGAAAAGUAUUGUCCGUGUAUCCGUAGCUUUACUGGUGACCGCCAUGGCGGUUUUCGAAACGGAAAAUUGCGCCGCAGCCCGCAUUCUAACUUAACGCCUGCUAUGCAGGCUAGCUACAGGAUAGUGUUUGGUGAAACCACUGAUCUUGAAUGUAGGACUGGAUAGUGCAAGCGCUAUCCAUAAAUGAAGCCAAUGGUGGCCAUACUGUAUUGUUGUUGUGACCACCACGAAUCUACAGUGGUGGUGUUGUCUUUUUAGAAAAGGUUUUAACAAUUUCUCGUUAUUGUUGGGAAAGGAAAUGUAUUGUCUAGAUAGAUAUUGCUCAUCAUUGGCCACUAUUUCGUCUCGAAAUUGCAGGUGAAUAACUAAUGAGGUCAGACCAAUGUGACUGCCUUGAGAGUCUCGUGUCUAGCGUAUAAAACAUCCUGAAAGUGGUGCAGAAAGUUAUAUCUUUCAGGCUAUACACAGGAAAAGACAUUUGCUUGGUAGUUAAGCUAAUUUGAACACCUAACAAUUCGAUAGGUGAAUAAAUUUAAAAAUCUCUUCUCACCACCAACACCCAGGCUUCAGAAUUGGCUCACUGAAAUCGAAAAAUAUUCUAUCCAGUCUUAGUAUUCACAUCAGCGGGUGAAACCCACCAAUAGCGACAUGAUCUCCAUUCAUAUCAUGUUUUGUUCAACAUAUUUCUGUGUUUGUGUAAAAUUGCUCGACGCGUUUAGUUCUCUAUUUGUUGAUCAUAUAAAAGUAAGUAUUGUCUAUAGUCUCUUAGAAACAAAUAUCCAUGAUAAUAUUUUACAUUCAGUUUCUAUUCAUGACGAUGGUAACUUUUGUGAAAGCCACUCCAAUCCUUCAUAUAGACCAGUUCCUUCUGUAGCAACGCAAGUUUGAAUAUACCACUAAAAGAACAAAUACACUUGGUUUAACAAAAACA